AUGGCCGCUGACAAGAAAACGAACAAGCCCAAGGUAUCGCCAGCGACGCACUUGAUUGCUGGUGGUAUUGCUGGAUUUGCUGAGGCAUGCACCUGUCACCCACUUGACACAAUCAAGGUGCGCAUGCAACUGUCUCGCAAGGGCAAGGGCCUCGGUGAGAAGCCGCGUGGCUUCUUCGCUACGGGCGCGCAUAUCGUGCGCCGCGAAACGCCUCUUGGUCUUUACAAGGGUCUGGGAGCCGUUGUGGCUGGUAUCGUGCCAAAGAUGGCCAUCCGUUUCAUGAGUUUCGAGCAAUACAAAGCGAUGCUAGCGAACCGUGAGACAGGUGUGACAAGCCCACAGGGCGUGUUUGUGGCGGGUCUUCUAGCUGGUACGACGGAAGCCGUGGCUGUGGUCAACCCUAUGGAGGUGGUAAAGAUUCGGCUGCAAGCUCAGCAGCACUCCUUGGCCGACCCGUUGGAGAAGCCUCGUUACCACAAUGCCGCGCAUGCUCUAUACACAAUUAUUCGGGAAGAGGGUUUCUUGACGCUGUACCGCGGUGUAGCUCUGACAGCGUUGCGUCAAGCCACGAACCAGGCAGCCAAUUUCACAGCAUAUCAAGAGCUCAAAGCAUUUGCCCAGCGUGUACAGAACACAACAGAUCUGCCUUCGUAUGAGACAGCCACCAUCGGGUUGAUCUCUGGUGCUCUAGGUCCAUUCUCCAAUGCACCAAUUGACACAAUCAAGACCCGUAUACAGCGUGCCUCCAAGGUUGAGGGCGAGACAGCCAUGGGCCGCAUCAUGAAGGUUGCCUCUGAAAUGUUCAAGCAGGAGGGUGUGAGUGCAUUCUGGAAGGGUAUUACCCCCCGUGUUGCUCGUGUUGCCCCAGGACAGGCCGUCGUGUUUACAAUCUAUGAGAAGGUCAAGGGCGUAAUCGAGUCGAAUGGCCAAAACAAGUCGCAGGCGAUUGUCAAGCAGUAA